AUGGCGGCUGGGAUGUAUCUGGAGCAUUAUCUGGAUAGCAUAGAAAAUCUUCCCUUCGAGCUGCAAAGGAAUUUUCAGCUCAUGCGAGAACUGGACCAGCGAACUGAAGAUCUGAAGGGGCAGAUUGAUUCCCUAGCACAUGAGUACACAACCAACGCGCGGACUCUCUCCUCUGAACAAAAGCUCUCUCUCCUGAGGCAGAUUCAACAGUCCUAUGGGAAGUGCAAAGAGUUUGGGGAUGACAAGGUCCAGCUGGCUAUGCAAACCUAUGAAAUGGUUGAUAAACACAUCCGGAGGCUGGACACAGACUUGGCCCGCUUUGAGGCAGACCUAAAGGAAAAACAAAUAGAAAGCACAGACUACGAUUCUACCUCCAGUAAGGGAAAUAAGAGUGACCUACGUGGGCCUAAAGACAAAAAGAUAUCUCGCACCAGGUCAAAGAUCAAAAGCUCGGAUGAUGACUGCAGUCCUAAGGGUGGACAGAAGAAAGUCAAAAUGCAAACGACUGAGUUUUCCUCUCCGGCUGUGAAUUUCGGCAACGUUCACCCCUCAGAUGUGCUGGACAUGCCGGUGGACCCUAAUGAACCAACCUACUGCCUGUGCCACCAGGUCUCAUACGGAGAAAUGAUCGGCUGCGACAACACAGAUUGCUCCAUUGAGUGGUUUCACUUUGCCUGUGUAGGCCUGACAACCAAGCCCAGGGGAAAAUGGUACUGCCCAAGAUGUACACAGGAGCGGAAGAAGAAAUAAGAUUUCCUCAAAGAAAAUACAGUCACACGGGCAGUGAAGGAUGCAGAAAGGAAAGGGAAACGUGACUGAGUGAACCCCUCCCCACCAAACCCUCUAUAGACACUAAUAUAGUUCUGUACUCCGCUUUACCUGGUGCUUCUUUUCCUCUCAUCCAGCCUCACUUUCCUCUCUGUUUGACAUACAAAACGGGUGAUGGGUGGAUGAAAGGGCUAUAGUUACAACUGUAGCUUAAUUUAUGGUUCCAGUAAUGACAGUUCCUUAAUAAUUGUGGUUUUAUUUUGCUUUUUUAUAUAUAUAUGUGUGUGUUUUCUGUUUUGGUUUUUGGAAUAGUUCUAUGGUAUGGUUGCUUUUUGUAUGCAUUACUUUUGUAUACAUACACAAACUCAGCAGGAGGUAAGUCAGGAAGCAUGACACUUAGUCCUUAAGCGUGGACAUCCUUUAGGUGUCCCUCCAGUAAAAUCGUUCUACACCGAACGCUUUUAAGUCAAACACUGGUACAAGGUGUUCCCAUAAAAGUAGUUUACCUUAGAGACAUUAGACAUCUUCUCACCUUCUUACUUCAUUUUUCAUUCCUUGUGGAUAUUAUUUUACUAAUAAUAAAUAUGCACAUCCACUUUAGCUACCAUUCCCCACACGGAUACCUUAAACGAUUAAGUGUGGGGAAAAUUGCUGGUUUACUUUUACACUAUCUGCACAUUACACAGUGAAUUUUACUUUCAGGUCGUUAACUACAUUUCAGGUUCAUUCCACAACGCUGCGGUUUUGGAAAUUUUCUCUGGUGCUCAUAAUAGUUCACUACUUAGGGCUAGAUGUACUAAGCCGUCUGUGCCCCUUUUCGGGCGCAAUUUAGUCGCAUUUGCUGUGUACAUGUCAUGUACAUGAAAGGACUUAUCGUGCCUUUCUACCUUAUACAUAUGCAAAUACGGGAACAAUGUAGAAGGUUUGGUCUUAAAAGGUGGGGAUAUUGGAAGUGUAAUUUCUUCAUCCUCCCCAAACCAGGUGUAAAUCAACCAUAGGGAUUUUUUUUUCUCUCUUCCCCCAUUAAAUAUACACCGAUCAGCCAUACAUUAAAACCACUUCCAUGUUUCUACUUUCACUGUCCAU